GCAUAUCCAUUAUAUUCAAGGCUGUGGGGAAGUCACAGCUGCUUUCAUGUAACAUCUCAACACCUCCAAAGUAAGAGAAAGAAGAACCUGGUUUCACUGGACUGUUUCCCCUGAAAGCCUAUUAAUUUGGCACUUGUCCUUUUCAAUAUAUAGACAUACUGUGCUUCAACUGCAAGCUACCAAAAUGUCCAAGGUAGCAAGAUUCCGAAGUCAAGUCAGUGAGGAUCCAGAUAUUGACAACUUAUUGUCUACACUCUCUGCUGAGGAGAUGGAAGAGCUAGAAAAAGAGCUGGAGGCCUCUGAUACAGAUGCAAACAUUCCUGUGGGGUUGCGGCAGAGAGACCAAACUGACAAGCAGCCAAGUGGCAAAUACAAUCGAGAGGCAAUGCUCAAUUAUUGUGAGAAGGAGAGCAAGAAAAUUCUUCAGAGGGAACAAUCAAUAGAUGAAGAGAAAGCAGCAGAGAAGAAGAAAGAGGUGAAGGUUCUUGAAGAAAAACGAAAGGAAACCCAUGGUAGAGAUCUGAAAAGAAACAAAUCUUCUGAUCUCGGAAAUGAAGGGAAAAAAGAAGAAAAUGUCCAGAAAGCUAAUCAGAAAGGGAAGGAUGAACUGGACACUACUAAGAAUACUGGGUCAGUCAAAGAAGAGAAGAAGGAGGGAAAUAAGUUACCCAAAGAAAAAUACAAAGCCAUCUCAGUGGACAAUAAUGAAAUUAAAGGAAGAUGGGAAGAAAAGGGCCUGGCAGCCAAGAUCAAAGCUGUUGAGGAAAAAAGGAAAGAAGAAAAGGCAACAGAGCUGAAGAGGGGCACUGAAAAGGACAAAAAGAGGGGGGAUAAAAAAGAACCCGAAAAAACAGGAGCAAAGGACUCAGCUUUAAAUUCAGGCUUAGACAGAAAGGGAGAAGACAAAAAGGAAUCUGAAAAAACUGGAGAAAAAGGUUCCGCUUUAAAGUCAGGCUUAAACAGAAAGGGAGAAGAGAAAAAGGAAUAUGAAAAAACUGGAGAAAAGGGUUCUGCUUUAAAGUCAGGCUUAGACAGAAAGGGAGAAGAUAAAAAGGAAUCUGAAAAAACGGGAGAAAAAAGCUCUGCUUUAAAGUCAGGCUUAGACAGGCGGAGAGAAGACAAAAAGGAAUCGGAGAAAAAUGGAGAGAAAAGUUCAGCUUUAAAGCAAGGAUCAAAGGUUGCCAGUGAGGCAAAAUCCCCAACAGAUAGCAAAGGAACCUCUGAGGGGAAAACCUCAAUGUCAGGGCAAGGGAAUGGGACAACAGAGGCUCCUGAGAGCAGCCCCUCUAAACUGGCAGAGGGCUCUUCCAGCACGGAAGAGGAAGGCACCAGCAUCUUUGAUGAGCCCUUGGAGAAAGUGAAGAAUAACGACCCAGAGAUGAUAGAGAUCAAUGUCAAUAACUCCGACUGCAUCAACAACGAGAUCCUGGUGCGUUUUGCCGAGGCCUUGGAAUUCAACACCGUCGCCAAGGUCUUUGCUCUGGCCAACACACGCGCAGAUGACCAUGUUGCUUUUGCCAUUGCCAUCAUGCUGAAGGCCAACAAGACGCUGACCAGCAUCAACCUGGAUUCCAAUCACAUCACGGGCAAAGGGAUCCUGGCCAUCUUUCGUGCGCUGCUGCAGAACAACACUCUGACUGAGCUCCGCUUUCACAAUCAGAGGCAUAUCUGCGGAGGGAAGACGGAGAUGGAGAUAGCCACGCUGCUGAAGGAGAACACCACCCUCCUAAAGCUGGGCUACCACUUUGAGCUGGCAGGGCCCCGGAUGACCGUGACCAACCUGCUGAGCCGCAACAUGGACAAGCAGCGGCAGAAGCGCCUGCAGGAGCAGAAGCAGGCUCAGGGGAAAGGGGAGAAGGACUUCCUGGAGGUGCCAAGAGGCCUGCCAGCUGCUUCUUCCCCUAAGGCCUCUCCAAAGCCAUCCCCCAAAAUGUCCCCUAAAGUUUCCCCUAAGAAAGCCGGAGCCCCAGAAGCACCCCCACCCCCACCUCCUCCGGCUCCUUUCCUGGCUCCUCCCCUGAUCAAUGAAAACUUACGGUUGUCUCUCUCUCCGGCAACUCAGAGGAAGAUGGUAGAAAAAGCUCUUCCUCCACAAGAGAAGAACUCCAGAGACCAGCUUCUGGCAGCCAUUCGCUCCACCAAUGUCAAACAACUGAAGAAGGUGGAGGUUCCCAAGAUACUGCAAUAGGGAACGGAAUCCAGAUUUCCCUGGAAGGAUGAGAUUGCCAAGGCUGAAUCACUAUGUUUGUCUCUCAGGUGACUGUUUACACGAGAAGGACGCAGCAGGAGCAGGAAGCUGCCUUGCUCCAGUCCCAAAUGAGCAGUGUUCUCUAUGGGGUUCAACUGAAUUGGAUGGAAGGACUGAAUGAGCUGCCAAGGAAACGUGUCAGGAAGAAGCAAUAUUUAUUGUUAGAGCUUUUCAAUCAUAAAACUUUUUCCCCCUGUGAGAGGAGACGUCUGCAGACGCUCAGAGUGUUAUGUAGCUGGGUUAAUUGUCCAAUCCCCCUCCCCCUUUUUGGAAUUUUGAAAGAAAAGUGGGAAGUCUCGAAGAAGCCUAUAUUUGCAGCAUCCCUGCUUAUCUUAAGACACCACGGCAAUCACUUGCCGCUAGAAAUAUAUACAAGAGUAAAGCCACAUUGGAGUAGCAGCACAGAAGAAGAAAAUGACCAGGCUCAUCUUCAGCACAAAAUGACUCCAAAAUUGCCACACAAAGCAGCAGCAUGUUCUUGCCAUUUGCCGCUAAAUCUAACUGGCAGCACCAAUGUUACUCUACCUGGAAUAUUAUGAAGCAGAAGGUUGGAGGAGAAAUCACUGGGCCAAACCUAAUUUCCCAAUGUCUCUGUGAUCUCAAGGAUUCCAUUUUUCUGAUAGACGAUCAUGCAAAGGCUGGCUUUGUUCCCUGAAGAAGCAUGUGUUUUGUAUGUGUAUGUAUGUAAAUGGCUUCUCACCGUACUGCGAACAAACCUGUAAGCACACGCGUGGGCAAGGGCUCUGAAAGGAUUACGGAUUGUGCUGCCGUGAUGGGGGGAGGGGGCGGUGAUCUACAUGGUGCUUGCACCUCUGACAUACGCAGCAUCUUCCAAACUACUAUUGUGAUGCCUAAUCUUAAGAGGCCUGAUGGGAGGGAAGGAGCACAUUAUGGUUGGCCAUGCAAUGGAGGUGAUGGCAAAGGCAAGCAGUGGCUGUUAUGUGUACAACAGAAUUGAAAGCAGGCUUGAAAGCUUGCAUUGGGAAACCUUCAUUCAGAAUCACCAGUGCUCAGGGCAAACUGACAACUACUCAUUCAUAUAUUUCUGGCACUUGGGCACCAGCUGUGUCAUGAUAGUCAAGAUCAGGCUUCCUCAACCUCGGCCCUCCAGAUGUUUUUGGCCUACAACUCCCAUGAUCCCUAGCUAGCAGGACCAGUGGUCAGGGAUGAUGGGAGUUGUAGUCUCAAAACAUCUGGAGGGCCGAGGUUGAGGAAGCCUGGUCAAGAUGACAGUAACCUAGCAGAGAGUACAGAACUCCUGCUUCACUUGUUUGCUACAGAAACAACAUAAGGCUUGUUUUUGGGACCAGAAGGUUUCUGUGCCAAUUCAGAACUUUUCAAAAUAGUUCAACAUCUGCUCAUUUGAAGUGAAAGAGGCACUCCCAAGGGAGUAGCAUUUGUGGCCUGUUGACCAGUGUCUCCUGAACUAUUGUCAACAAGCCAUGGCAUGUGGGCUGUGAAGAUACUAUGUCCUCCAACCAUCCUAUGUGUCAGAUUCAGCUUCCGUUUCUUGUCUCUUCUCUUUCCAGGCAAGCGAAGCCCAGCUCAUACAUUACCUUUGCAGCAUGGUGGCUGCCCAAGGCUCUCCUGCGGUUGCUUCCCAUUACGCACUGGUAACAUGUGGAUGUUCUGCAUCUCCACAGAUAGCCUGGGUUGCAGGAGUAUUUCCCAUGCCAGCAACAGCAGUUCCAGUGGAGGGGCACUGCCAAGGGAGGUGCCCAUGUACGUAAUUCAGACUCCCCGUGUAGUGCGCAGGAACAUCCACAUGCUGCUGAUGGGCAUUUGGGUCAACCACAUGGAAGCACUUUUGAAGUAGCAAAUGUGCCACAAAGAGAAUGUACGGAGGGGGCCUGCAAGAAGAAGAGUAACCAAUGGCAUCAUCUUUCUUCCUGCUUAAGGGAAAUGGCUGAGCAGCUGUUUUCAAGAAAUCGGUGGGGUUUGCCCUUUAGUUAAAUGAAGAAGGCAACAUAAACAGUGAGCAAGCUGACCUCUGCACUACACUAGCACAUGCAAUAGGAGUUCAGCUGUAGCAAUUGGGGAUGUGUUAGAUUGAAGAAUGAAAAUGGCAUCUUCCUUACUCCUGCAUGGAGUGAGUGAUGGAUAAUGAGCAGCUGUAGUUGUAUACCAGUUCAGCUACAAGGAUGUUGCCCAGUUUAGUUCCCUGCAGCUUAACCAGUUUGUGGCUCAGCCUGUACAUAAAGAAAGAAAGAUUAUCUAUGCAUUUCUAUGGCUGUAAGAGUUUAAUAUAUAGACAGAUGGAUAUAUAUCGUAAUAGAUUUCCUCUCUAAGGAGCAGAGUUUUAUUUCUCACACAAAUUGCCAAAGCUUGUCUGCACUGAGAUGGUGCCAAGUGAUGCAGGUGCAAGUGACUGGAAAGUGAUUCGCUUACCGGUCUGUUUAAAUCAGUUUCCAGAUUAGGAAACUCAUUCAUGGUUCCUAUGCGGUAGGAGAGAAACCAGCAAGAUUUCUCACCCAGGAACAGGUAGCAUAGAACUCUCUCCCCAAGCUGCACAUGUCGGUGUUCAUCCUUCCAUGAAGGACAAGUGGAACUCCUGUUAACGUGUCUAUGGGGAUCUUCACAACUCAAAAAGGCUUUCCCUGCCUAUUCUCUUAUCCAGCUGAUCAUGCAAACUCUGAGGUUAGAGGGGUCCUAAUAAGUGAGUGUAAAAUACGGGAGGGGGUUUAUGUAGCACUUGAAAGAGAACUGUUCUUCGUGGGUUUGGGUUUUCUUUAAAUCAGUCUUUGGAGAGGGAAUCUGUGCUUGCUUACUGAAAAAGAAAGUAGUAUUGGAUUAUUAAUAAUAAUAAUAGUAAUAAUUCACUAUUUGUACCCCGCCCAUCCAACCGGGGGGCCCCUGCCACUCUGGGCGGCUUCCAACAAAGACCAAAAUACAUUAAAAUGUCACACAUUAAAAACUUCCCUAAACAGGGCUGCCUUCAGAUGUUUUCUAAAUGUCAGGUGGUAGUUUAUCUCUUUGACAUCUGACGGGAGGGCAUUCCACAGGGCGGGCGCCACUACCUAGAAGGCCCUCUGUCUGGUUCCCUGUAGGUUUGCUUCUCGCAGCGAGGGAACCGCCAGAAGGCCCUCGGUGCUGGAUCUCAGUGUCCGGGCAGAAUGAUGGGGGUUGAGACACUCCUUCAGGUAUACAGGACCGAGGCCAUUUAGGGCUUUAAAGGUCAGCACCAACACUUUGAAUUGUGCUCGGAAACGUACUUGGAGCCAAUGUACAGUAGGUCUUUCAGGACCGGUGUUAUAUGGUCUUGGCAGCCGCUCCCAGUCAUCAGUCUAGCUGCCACAUUCUGGAUUAGUUGUAGUUUCCGGGUCACCUUCAAAGGUAGCCCCGCGUAGAGCGCAUUGCAGUAGUCCAAGUGGGAGAUAACUAGAGCAUGCACCUAGAUCUGUCGCACAUUUUGGACAAAUGUUGGAGAAGGAGAGAGAAAUAACAAGAGACAAAUCACUUGAGCAGGUGAUCUUGGGUGUAAAAGCUGCUGCAGUUUUCAGUUCUAACUCAUGAAUGUAAAUCUUAUUUGAAAUAUGUACAAAAUCACCCACACUUUCAUUAAUAAAGCUCACAAAAUGCUGCUGA